AAGCUCAAAAUCCAUGAUCUUUGACUUGCUGUGGUUAACAGCAGUAACAGAAACUUCAUUCUGCUGCUAGCAACAUCUGUGAGAAGCCGUCAUUACCACACUUGGCAACAGGAUGUCCGUUCUUAAAGUCUUGUUUUUCAUUCUAUUGGUGGCUGGUGAUUCUCUGAGUCAAGAACCCAACUGCACUGCAAUUGAGGACUUUGGUGACUGCAGUGGUGAUAGUGACGGCUUCUGUCCUGCCAAAGUUCCUUGUCAAUGUAAAAAUGAAAAACCUUUUUGCAGAUGUGAUUACUACAGAGAGGGCUGGAUGGAGUAUUGGUACAUGGGCCCUAAAUGUAACCAGCUUUGGAACACACUGGAUUUAAUACUAGUAUCUGUUCUUCCUGCAGUAGCCCUGGUUUUCUUAGUUGUUGUAAUAUUUCAGUGUGUCUACUGCUGUAAAGGUAAAAAAGCUGGGAAGCAGACCAAUUCUCCGUACCGUGAAGUACACCACAACCCUACAUUUAGGCACGAACUGUCUGGUAACCUGGGAGCUGCUCAGCAGUCACCAAGGGUCACCUGGACUGGACAACUGCCGAAAGCUGUACUGAGAAGACAAGAUUUUGAAGAUCUCCCAGGCCCAAGUCACUUAGAUAAUUCUAGCCCCAGGUAUGCUCAGCCACUGAGGAGACCAGACUAUGUUUCCAGCCAGCAACCCCAGCAAUUCGACAGCUUUGUCUAUCCAGGCAGCAAUAGACCUUAUGGAGGUUAUGCAGAGGACAGGCAGUAUUCGAGAUACUAAUACCCCUUGAUCUGAAGUAUCUCAGAAUGCUGCAUGAUCAAUGAAUGAGCAAUCCAAACGUUGAGAGAUCAGUAAGGCCUUGUGUACCUGGAUGCAGAAAAAAUAGUAACUCGUAGAGAGCACUAAAAGUCAUUCGAAAAGAAGUAUAGAAGAUAAUUAUAGAACAAAACAUAAUUACAAAACUGUUAUCCAAUUUAUUUACUGUAUAAUUUAUGAAAGUUUAUCUUUUUCUGGAUACCUGAUUUAACAGUUAUUAUAUACUUAAAUUGUUGCACAUCUAUCUGGACAGAGAUUUUUGUGAUUAACUAUGUUGUGUGCCUGACUGACAAGUGCCUGUUAGAAACAGCUGCCUUUUCUCAGAGGAAACUCAUAGGAAAGAAGAAAGUCUUCCCAAAAAUCCAGUACAAGAGCUGAUAAAUACACGUGCUAAUUAUCAUUCUUCCUUCAUUGCUGUGGAUUUAAAUCUAUAUUAAAAAGAAAGGAGAAGCUGCAUUUUUCCUUAUUCCUCAGGAAGGCUUGUCAAAGACAACCUCUGCCAAGUACAGUUUUUCCAUUUGGCUUUCCUGUUCAUUUGUGAUUUUUACUCCACUCUGUAUCGCUCACAAGCUAGUAAGCAAUGGUUCCUAAUACAGUGUUUUUAAAUAAGACCAUGUAUUUCUCUGACUGAAAUGUUGGAGAUUCUUUAGGGCAUUUUAGUGUGUAGAAUCUAUUGUUCCCUGAUAGGCAUUUGGUUUUCUUUUUUUUUUUUUUUUUCUCCACCAAAAGAGCCAGUAGUUAAGAAAGAAAAGCAACAGAUUUCAUACAAGCUUGAAUAUUUAUUAAAAUCUGUAUUCUUGCUAACUCCAGAAUCCCAAAGAAUGAGGCAAAAGGGAAGGAAGGUUCUCUUGUCAGGUGUAGCCACCUAGUCCACUGAUACUAGCAGCACUGAACGAGUGUAAACGAGGCACUUAGGUUCUCAUUUUCUCAAGAUGCAUCAAAUACUGAAAUACUGGCUAAUAUAGCAGUGUGAGCCCUGCAGUCCCUUGUUUCUUUUUGUCUUAGUCACCUUGUUGAAACUAACAGCUCAGAUUUUUUUCUUUAAAAAUACAGUCUUUCUUUGUAACAUCUUUUGUGAAUAAUGAAAAUAAAUGAAGCUAUGGAAAACUGACUGCCUUGCCACUAACUAAGAAAUAAAAGGUACUGGAGACCUGAA